AUGAGAGUUCAACUUCAAAAUGAUCAAAGUGCUGCACAAUUUUCCAAACAAUUGUUAGAUCUUGGAAAUGGAAAAGUCCCAGUUGAUGCGACAUCUGGAUUAAUUACUCUUACCAACGACUUUUGCCGAUUUGUAGACACUCAAUUAGUUCUUAUUGAAAAUGUUUUCCCAAACAUUAGUGAGAAUUAUAAGAAUUAUGCUUGGUUAAGUCAACGAGCAAUUCUUGCAGCAAAGAAUAAUGAUGUCCACGCACUGAAUUUCACCAUUCAAUCAAAAAUUGCUGGCGAUUUGGUGACAUACAAAUCCGUUGAUUCAAUAACAAAUCCCGAUGAUGUAGUAAAUUAUCCAACGGAGUUUUUGAACUCUCUGGAGAUACCAGGAUUUCCACCACAUAACUUGCAACUGAAAGUUGGUACAGUUAUUUUGAUACUGCGUAAUUUGAAUCCACCGCGACUUUACAACGGUACUCGACUUUCGGUAAAGAGACUUUUGCCGAAUUUAAUUGAGGCAACCAUUAUUAACGGAAAGUACGCAGGUGAAAAUGUAUGUAUUCCUCGAAUACCAAUGAUUCCGACUGAUCUUCCGUUUGACUUCAAACGAUUGCAAUUCCCAGUUCGCCUUGCGUUCGCAAUGACAAUUAAUAAGUCGCAAGGCCAAUCGCUUAGUGUUUGCGGGAUAAAUUUGGAAAAUCAUUGUUUUUCACAUGGACAGUUAUACGUUGCGUGUUCACGAGUUGGGAAACCAUCCGCUUUGUUUGUGUUAACGUCAGACCAAAAAACAAAAAAUGUGGUUUACCAAAGAGCACUACAAUGAAACAAUUAAAUAACACUUCAUUUUAGUAGGUAAUUGAAAUGAAUUUAUUACUGUUGUGAAAUGAAAUAAAUAUUUUCCUUUUCAAAUAUAUAACAAAAAAAAUUUUUUUUCUUUAUCUUUUAAUCACCAAACGAAAUGUUACAUAAAACGAAUCUGGUGGCGAAACGGAGUUCGCCGGGU